AUGAGCUUCCUACGCAGAGACAAGUCCAAGUCGCACUUGCCCUUGAAAGAAACGGCUGCUGGCCAGCACGUCUCCCCGGGCCAGGCCUCCCCGGCGCCCGGCGUGCCGGCCAUGACGCCGCUCGCCCAGCCCAGCGCGCCCCGCGAGACUCGUGAAAACAGCGCCGAGCCGCGCGACCACGAAAGCCCCGUGCUGUCCUUCCAGAUCCACAGCGUGCCCCGCAGACAACCGCUUUUGCGCUCGCAGACCGCCGGCGCGGCGUCGCCACACAGCCUGGCGUCCGCGGCCCGGUCCGCGUCGCCGGCAGCGGUGUCGCCCAGCACACGCGAGUUCCCCGGCGGCCUAGUGCGGCCGCCCACGGAGGGCUACUCGCCGCGGCUGUCGUACGCAGUGCUCCCCGCGCUCAGUGACGGCGAGAGUGCCGGCGACGCGGACGCCGUGGUCAAGGACGACUACAGGGGCUUCCACAAAAGCAAGGGCAUCCGCGCCAACGUGCCGCCGUUGGCGCAGCCGAUCAAGCCGCGCUUCCGCAAGAAGGGCAACGCGUUGCUCGGCAAGCUCAUGCACUCGGGCCGCAAGGACUCGGACGCGCUGGUCCAGUCCGCCGGGUCCGCCGAGGCGGCCGGCGCCGGAUUGCCGGACGCGCUCCACCCGGGCUUGGGCCGCAAGAGCGUGAGCUCCACCGGCUCAGCCAAGCACAAGUUCCGGCUCCCGUCCAUCUCGCUGCACCACCACAGCAGCAUGGCGCCGGACACGCCCCGCCACCACUCGGUGCUGGAGGAAAGCCGCGUGUCCGAGCGGCUGUCGGCGCCCGCGUCCAAGCAGGGCUCCGUGUCGGGCGCCGCGGGGAGCCCGUCCCGCAUGUUCGACUUGGACUUGAACUUCGACGAGAUGCAGAGCAUCCUCCGGCAGCCCCACGGGCGGGACAUGGGCGCGGCGUCCCAUCGGCGUGAGCUGCGCGAGCCGGCGCCGGACGCGCCCGUGUCCAAGGACAACUCCAGCUGGAAGGCGCCGGACUCCUGGGACGUCACCGCCCUCGGCUUCUACUCCAACACGGCCUCGGCCCCGGUGUCCGGGCUGGAGGACUCCGACACGGACGGCUCCCGCAGGUCGUCCACGGGCGAGAAGUACUCGUUCGACCACUCGCUGGACAACUCGUCCACGGCGUCCGGGGCCAGCAACAGCGCCGCCGACAGGAACGCGGAGCCGGCCCUGGCGCUGGCCGCGAAAAGGCACCGCAAGAGGGUGGACCAGUACCCGCCCUUCCCCGAGAAGGCGUUCCCGAUCUUGUACGGCAGCGUUGCCAACAGGGUGCGCAUCGCCGACGAGAAGAAGUCCGGCAACCACAUCAUCAGGGUGUUCAAGGACGACAACACCUUCACCACGGUCCUCUGCUCCCUCGAAACGUCCGCCGCGGAGCUUCUCGUCAUGAUCCAGAAGAAGUUUUUUCUCGACAGCAUCUCCAACUACCAGCUCUCGUUGUACGUGGGCAACAACGUCAAGCUCUUGGAGCCGUUCGAGAAGCCCUUGAAAAUCCAGACGGGGCUCUUGACUCUAAGCGGGUACGAGGAAAAAGACAAUCUCAGCCUCAUGGGGCGAGAGGACUUGUCCUCCAUCUGCAAGGUGGUGGUGGAGAACAUGGCUUUCCGCAACCUCACGCACGAGGAGGAAACCUCCCUCUCGAGGGACUACAUCAACGUUGACAUAUCUAGUCACAACUUGAAAACAAUCCCCAUCAAGUUCCACCAGCACACCUAUGAGAUCGAGAAACUCAAUGUGUCUGACAACCCUGCCAUCUACAUUCCAUUGGACUUCAUACAGACUUGCUCCAAUUUGAACAACAUCAAGUUUUCCCGGAACGGCUGCUCGAAGUUUCCCUUGAAUUUCCUCGAGGCAACGGGCUUGACUGGUCUUCUGAUGGAAUGCAACUUCUUGGAUGAGAUCCCUGCUCGAAUCAGCCACUUGAAAAAGCUCGAGUCAUUCAAGCUUAACUCCAAUCAAUUGUACUACUUGCCUAGGAGUUUCGGGAAGCUUUCUCACUUGGUCACGCUCAACUUGUCCUCCAACUGCUUCCAGCAAUUCCCGGAAUGUAUCACAGAGCUCCUGAACUUACAAGACCUUGAUUUGUCCUACAAUGACAUGACCAAAAUCCCUGACUCCAUUGGCAAGCUCACAAAAUUGGUCAAGCUCAAUUUGAGUACAAAUAAGUUGAGCAAGACUUUGCCAAAUGGUAUGUCCAAGUUGGUUGAGUUGAAAAGAUUGGAUAUCCGUUAUAAUAAGAUUUCCAACAUCGAUGUUCUUGGUUCUUUGCCUAACCUAGAAGUCAUGUACGCAUCGAAAAAUUACAUCUCUAGCUUCAGUGACAAAAUGGAAAGAUUGAGACUUAUUCACUUCGACAGAAACCCGAUUACAUCUUUGGAGUUCGAGAUCGCCUUGCAGAUGCUCACAGUGUUAGACCUUUCUAAAGCGAAGAUCACAGCUUUACCCGCGGAAUUCGUGAGCCAAAUUCCUCACAUUGAGAAGCUCGUCUUGGACAAAAACUAUUUGGUGAAUCUUCCGGACGAGAUGGGAAAUCUACCAAAACUUACUCAUUUGUCCCUUUUCGGAAACAAUAUUCAAAGUAUCCCGGCAUCGAUCGGACUGCUAUUGUCUUUACAAUACUUGGACUUGCAUUCUAACAACAUCGACUGUAUUCCAUCAGACAUUUGGAAUUUGCAUAGCUUGUUGUAUCUCAAUGUUUCGUCCAAUAUUCUUUCCAACUUUCCCAAACCGCUGUUUGCUGCCACGAAAAAGAUGUCUUCUGCCGCUUUGUUCAAUGACUAUGAGGAAAUCACCAAGGACGGCCGGGCAACAGUUGGAAACAAGCUCAUAUCUCUCGCAGACAGCUUGAAAAGUUUGCAGAUGGCAGAUAACAAUCUCAACGAAGAAGCGUUUGAGUCCAUCGCCCUCUUGACGAGCUUAAGAGUAUUGAAUGUGUCUUACAAUGAUUUCACAGAAAUCCCGGAGGGAGCACUCGCCAGGCUCACACAUUUGACAGAACUCUAUCUUUCUGGAAACAGCUUAACCAAAUUGCCAGCUGAGGACCUCGAACAUCUUCCGGAACUAACACGCUUAUUUGUGAAUGGUAAUAAAUUGCAAACAUUGCCAUCCGAGUUGAGCAAAUGCCAGCUUUUGGGCCAUUUAGAUGUGGGCUCCAAUCUCUUGAGAUACAACAUAUCGAAUUGGCCGUACGACUGGAAUUGGUCGUACAACAAACGUUUGACAUAUCUUAACUUCUCGGGAAACCGAAGGUUCGAGAUAAAGCAGAGUUAUACCAUGAACGAGGAAACAAAUGAGCCUCUAGACAGUUUCUUGGGUCUUGAAAACCUCAAAGUCAUUGGCUUGAUGGAUGUCACUCUCACGACACCCAGAGUCCCAGAUCAAGGUGUCAAUGCGCGACUCCGCACGUCUUCUUCUGAGCUUGACGACGUUGGUUAUGGUGUAUCGGACGCGAUGGGGAACUCAGAAUCCGUUGCUUUUCGAGACUCAUUCAUUCAGAAGUUUAGAGGGAAUGAAAACGAGGUUCUCAUUUUGUCUUGUGACGGGAUUGGCAGCUCGAUGCAUGGCCAAGGCCACAAGAUAUCAUAUUUGACCAAGCAAUUGUUUAUUCCAAGCUUCACUAGUGAACUUUCGAAAAUUCAGUCGAACGAUGAAAUUCCAAAUGCUUUGAGACGUGCCUUCUUGACAUUGAACAGGGAGGUCAAUUCCGUGUUUGCCAGUCGGAAGUUCAAUACAUUCACACCCUCAAGCAAAUACCCGGAACUCAAUGAUUUGAGCCUUCUUGAGGAUGCUGCCAAAGGAUGCUGUAUAUCUGUGGUAUAUAUCAGAGAUGGGGUUGUGUACUCUGCAAAUUUGGGUGAUAUGGAGAUUGUUUUAUCGAAGAGCAAUGCCGACUACAAGUUGUUGUCAACAAAGCACGACCCCACGCUGCGCAAAGAGUUUGAGAGAAUUCGAGCAUCGGGCGGCUUUGUUUUUGGCGAUGGUGCGCUUGAUGGAGAACUUAGGAUUUCACGUGGUGUUGGGUUCUACAACUAUGUUCCUCACACACAUAGUGGACCUAGUAUCUCAGUGUACAACCCUGCCGGUACUGACGCGAUUAUAAUCAUGGCUUCGAAAGUGCUUUGGGACCAUCUCACACAUGAUCUUGCAGUGGAUCUUGCUAGACAAGAGAAGGAUGAUCCUAUGCUAGCCGCCGAGAAGUUGAGAGACUACGCAAUUUGCUAUGGGGCUACAGACAAGCUCUCUGUCACGGUGAUUUCUUUGGGUGAUCAGAAGAAGAAAAGGCAAAAAUUGGCGUCAUCUUACAUGAACCUUGGGAAGGACACCGAGCUCUACACCGGGAAGAAGCGCAGAGACCGUGGAAUGCCAUCUGGUGACACCGCAUUGAGACGAUUGAACGACGAGAUCGAACCACCCAUAGGCAAAUUGGCGUUGGUUUUCACUGACAUCAAGAACUCGACGUUGCUUUGGGACACGUACCCCGUUGCGAUGAGAUCUGCCAUCAAGUUGCACAACACUAUGAUGCGGCGUCAGUUGCGCAUUGUAGGAGGCUACGAAGUCAAGACCGAAGGCGACUCUUUCAUGGUGUCUUUCCCAACACCGACAUCGGCACUCCUUUGGUGUUUCAUUGUUCAGAAUCAGCUUUUGAGUGAAGACUGGCCGAACGAAAUUCUCGAGACCAAUGAAGGAUGCGAGGUGACGGACUCUCUAGGAAACCUCAUAUUUAGAGGCUUGUCGGUGAGAAUGGGUAUUCACUGGGGUGCGCCGGUAUGUGAACUUGACAUGGUGACCCGCAGAAUGGAUUACUUCGGGCCCAUGGUGAAUAGGGCGUCGCGUAUCGAGUCGAGCGCUGACGGCGGACAGAUUGCCGUGAGCUCGGACUUUUUGAACGAAAUGGAGCAGUUGUACUUCUUGCACGACCAGAUACAGUCCGGGGAGACAUCGUUGGAGGUGGCCUAUGGCGGUAACACGGGGGCCGGCGAGAUCAUAGAGAAGGAGAUCAAUUCCAUUGAGGACAUGGGUUACGAAUACAUCGAGCUUGGCGAGCGCAAGUUGAAAGGUUUGGAGACGCCUGAGAACAUCGUGCUCGCGUUCACGAAGAAUCUUGCCAAACGAUUCGACAUCUUCAAGAAGAGAAUGUCGCAGGACGCGGAGUCGACCGGCAGGGUCCUCGGCACGUUACCGGUGGACUCUGUGUUGUUCUUGCGGUCGCUCUCGUUGCGGUUGGAGCACAUCUGCUCGGUGUUGAACCUGGGGUACAAUGGUACGGACGAGAAGUACGGGAAGUAUAGCGGGGACAUCUACGCAAACAGCAUCAAGAACAACCGGCAGGAGUCGGACGUGGUGGCGCUUUUGAACCACGCGGUCACGCGGGUGGAGCACUGUGUUGCGGCGCUUGAGUUGCGCCAGUCGUACCAGGUGAUGCGUGGAAUCGAGGGUCCGCUAGACUUUACCGAGAAUCUCGGCAUAUGGACGAUAGUGGACGACAUGAAGCGGAUUAUCGCCGGUGCGGGGAUUGCGGGGAGUGGGGCGUGA